CUGCGCCCUCCAUUCGCUCGCCAGCCGCCGAGCAGCGAACACCCCAAACAAUCCCCAGCGCCGCCGCCAAAUUAAAUAACCUGCCCGCUCCCAGCGCCCUGCCCCGAGCCCCCCGCCGAGCCCCCCCUCCCCGCGGCCGAGUCUUCGGGGCCGGGCCGGGGACAGAGGAGCGGAGCUCCGGGCCCGGGCCUUCCUCGCCGCCUCCGCUGACGGCUCGGGCAAGAAGCUGUCCACUACAAAGGAAGAAAGGAAAGUAAGCUCGUACUUCAGACUGGUUUUUGAAUAUCUUUCUAAUACAGUGGUGUUCCAGAAGAUGAUAAAGAAAUGAUAGCAGCUCCAGAAAUACCAACUGAUUUUACUCUCCUUCAGGAGUCUGAAACACACUUCUCUUCUGAUACAGACUUUGAGGAUAUUGAAGGAAAAAACCAAAAACAAGGCAAAGGAAAAACCUGUAAAAAAGGUAAAAAAGGACCAGCAGAAAAAGGGAAAAGUGGAAACGGAGGAGGGAAACCUGGUGGUCCAAAUCGGAUGAAUGGACAUCACCAACAGAAUGGUGUGGAAAACAUGAUGCUGUUUGAGGUAGUUAAAAUGGGCAAGAGUGCUAUGCAGUCUGUGGUGGAUGACUGGAUAGAGUCAUACAAACAUGACAGAGAUAUAGCACUUCUUGAUCUCAUUAACUUCUUUAUUCAGUGUUCAGGCUGCAAAGGAGUUGUCACAGCAGAGAUGUUCCGACACAUGCAGAACUCUGAAAUAAUCCGAAAAAUGACUGAAGAAUUCGAUGAGGAUAGUGGAGAUUAUCCGCUAACUAUGGCUGGUCCCCAGUGGAAGAAGUUCAAAUCCAGUUUUUGUGAGUUCAUUGGAGUACUCGUCCGACAAUGUCAAUAUAGCAUCAUAUAUGAUGAAUAUAUGAUGGAUACUGUCAUUUCACUGCUUACGGGAUUGUCAGACUCACAAGUCAGAGCAUUUCGGCACACUAGCACGCUGGCAGCCAUGAAGCUGAUGACUGCUUUAGUGAAUGUGGCAUUAAAUCUUAGUAUUAACAUGGACAAUACGCAACGGCAGUAUGAAGCAGAAAGAAAUAAAAUAAUUGGGAAACGGGCUAAUGAUAGGCUGGAACUCUUACUACAGAAAAGAAAGGAGCUCCAGGAAAAUCAAGAUGAAAUAGAAAACAUGAUGAAUGCAAUAUUCAAAGGUGUUUUUGUGCAUAGAUACCGAGAUGCAAUUGCUGAAAUAAGAGCUAUCUGUAUUGAAGAAAUUGGAAUAUGGAUGAAGAUGUACAGUGAUGCCUUUCUCAAUGACAGCUACUUAAAAUAUGUAGGGUGGACUAUGCAUGAUAAGCAAGGGGAAGUAAGGCUGAAAUGCCUAACUGCUCUGCAAGGGCUUUACUAUAAUAAAGAGCUUAAUUCCAAAUUGGAACUCUUCACUAGUCGGUUCAAGGAUAGAAUUGUGUCUAUGACUCUUGACAAAGAAUAUGAUGUUGCAGUCCAAGCAAUAAAAUUACUCACUCUUGUUUUACAGAGUAGUGAAGAAGUUCUGACUGCAGAAGACUGUGAAAACGUCUACCAUCUGGUUUAUUCAGCUCAUCGGCCAGUAGCAGUUGCCGCAGGGGAAUUUCUUUAUAAAAAACUUUUUAGCCGCAGAGAUCCUGAAGAUGAUGGAAUACUUAAAAGGAGGGGAAGACAAAGUCCGAAUGCUAAUCUUGUGAAGACAUUAGUGUUUUUCUUCUUGGAAAGUGAAUUGCACGAACAUGCUGCUUAUCUUGUGGACAGCAUGUGGGACUGUGCAACAGAUCUCUUGAAGGACUGGGAAUGUAUGAACAGUCUUCUGUUGGAGGAACCUCUCAAUGGAGAAGAGCCUCUAACAGAUAGACAGGAAAGCGCACUGAUUGAAAUAAUGCUUUGUACAAUUCGGCAAGCAGCUGAAUGUCAUCCUCCAGUGGGAAGAGGAACAGGGAAAAGGGUGCUGACAGCGAAGGAAAAGAAAACCCAGUUGGAUGACAGGACAAAAAUUACAGAACUUUUUGCAGUGGCACUUCCACAGUUGUUAGCAAAGUAUUCUGUAGAUGCUGAAAAAGUCACCAACUUGUUGCAGUUGCCACAGUACUUUGAUCUGGAAAUUUAUACAACAGGGCGACUAGAAAAGCAUUUGGAUGCCUUACUGCGACAAAUCCGGGAUAUUGUGGAGAAGCACACAGACAUAGAUGUUUUGGAAGCCUGUUCAAAAACAUACCAUGCUCUCUGUAACGAAGAAUUCACAAUCUUUAACAGGGUUGAUAUUGCAAGAAGUCAGUUAAUAGAUGAAUUGGCAGACAAGUUUAAUCGACUUCUUGAAGACUUCCUGCAAGAGGGGGAGGAACCUGAUGAAGAUGAUGCUUAUCAGGUCUUGUCAACAUUGAAGAGAAUCACUGCUUUCCACAAUGCUCACGACCUAUCAAGAUGGGACUUGUUUGGCUGCAACUACAAGUUAUUGAAAACUGGCAUUGAAAAUGGAGACAUGCCAGAACAGAUUGUUAUUCAUGCACUGCAGUGCACUCAUUAUGUAAUCCUUUGGCAGCUAGCAAAAAUUACUGAAAGCAGUUCCACAAAGGAGGAUCUUCUACGUCUGAAGAAGCAGAUGAGAGUGUUCUGUCAAAUCUGUCAACACUACCUGACCAAUGUAAACACUGCAGUUAAGGAACAGGCUUUCACAAUUCUGUGUGACGUGUUGAUGAUCUUCAGCCAUCAGAUUAUGACAGGAGGACGUGAUAUGUUGGAACCACUUGUUUACACUCCUGAUUCUUCAUUACAAUCUGAACUACUCAGUUUUAUUUUAGAUCAUGUCUUCAUUGAUCAGGAUGAUGAUAAUAAUAGUGCAGAUGGACAGCAGGAUGAUGAAGCUAGCAAAAUUGAAGCAUUGCACAAAAGAAGAAAUCUGCUUGCAGCUUUCUGUAAACUCAUUGUAUAUACUGUGGUGGAAAUGAAUACUGCUGCAGACAUUUUCAAGCAAUAUAUGAAGUACUACAAUGACUAUGGUGAUAUUAUUAAAGAAACAAUGAGUAAAACAAGACAGAUAGACAAAAUCCAGUGUGCUAAAACACUUAUUCUUAGCUUGCAACAGCUUUUCAAUGAAAUGAUUCAAGAAAAUGGUUAUAAUUUUGACAGAUCAUCGCCGACAUUCAGUGGCAUAAAGGAACUUGCUCGACGUUUUGCUUUAACGUUUGGACUGGAUCAGUUGAAAACAAGAGAAGCUAUUGCUAUGUUACACAAGGAUGGCAUAGAAUUUGCCUUUAAGGAGCCUAAUCCACAAGGUGAGAGCCACCCACCAUUGAAUUUGGCAUUUCUUGAUAUUCUGAGUGAGUUUUCCUCCAAACUUCUCAGACAAGACAAAAGAACAGUGUAUGUUUACUUGGAGAAGUUUAUGACCUUUCAGAUGUCUCUACGAAGAGAAGAUGUGUGGCUUCCUCUCAUGUCCUACCGAAACUCUUUAUUAGCUGGUGGGGAUGAUGAUACAAUGUCAGUAAUUAGUGGAAUCAGCAGUCGAGGAUCUACAGUAAGAAAUAAGAAAACAAAGCCAGCAACAGGGAAACGGAAAGUACCUGAAGCUGAAGAAAGCAGCAGUAGUGACAGUAUGUGGAUGAACAGGGAGCAGACAAUGCACACACCAGUCAUGAUGCAGACACCUCAACUUACUUCCACAAUAAUGAGGGAGCCCAAGAGAUUGCGACCUGAAGAGAGUUAUAUGGGUGUCUAUCCUAUGCAGCCUGAACACCACCAAGCUCCACUCGAUUACAACACGCAAGUAACGUGGAUGUUGGCUCAAAGGCAACAGGAAGAAGCCGCACGACAACAACAGGAGAGGGCAGCGAUGAACUACGUCAAGCUGAGAACCAACUUGCAACAUGCUAUUCGGCGUGGCACAAGUCUAAUGGAAGAUGAUGAAGAGCCAAUCGUUGAAGACGUGAUGAUGUCAUCAGAAGGGCGAAUUGAAGAUCUCAAUGAAGGCAUGGAUUUUGACACCAUGGACAUAGACCUACCACCAUCAAAGAACAGGAGAGAAAGAACAGAACUAAAACCAGAUUUCUUUGACCCCGCUUCAAUCAUGGAUGAAUCGUUUUAGGUCCAAAACAUCCGAAGUCUGUAGUUUCUGCUUGCAGUUGCCCUUUUUUCCGACUUCAUAAAUCUGCAGUCUCUAUUCUCUUUUAAAAAACUGCAUGAGGGAUUCCUUCUGUCUUGAACCACUUGUAAUGUAUGCAGCCAUUUUUGACCUUGUGUAGCUGGUACAAAAUAACACUGGAAAUAACAAGUUGCAGCAACCCAGCAGAGGACAGUACAACAAGGCUUCCUGGGAAUCUUGGACAGCUUGGUGGAAUUUGGAAGACUAUUACAUAUUUUUACAGUAUUGUUGCAGCGUGAAUCUGUUCUUGUUACGAGAGAGAAAAAGUCUUAAUACUGUUUUAAAUGCAAAUCCAUAUAUUUUGUGCCAGUAGGCCUUUGUUUCUAGUACUAAUGAAUCAGAUUAGGUUGUGCAUCUGGCUGUUGUGUGUUCUGUUCUUGAAGUAACACCUAGAAAGUAUAUCACCAGUUUUCUGACUUUGUUUUAAAAUAGUUUUUCCCUUCCUCUUCUUGAUUUUAGUUAAUUGAUCUGUGAAAUACCAGUCAUUUUUAUUCUGACAGCACUGAAAAUUUGGUUCUGUACAGGUGCAUCUCACAGAUUUUCAGAAACCUUUCAGCUUUUCAGUUUCAAAAAGUUAGUUAUGAAUCGUUUCACUCUGUUUACUGUUAGCUAGUUUUCUUUCCUAUUACUUUAUUUCUCAUUCUUUUUACCAUCCUUGCCACGUGAGCCCAGGAUUUGCUAGGCACUCCUUAGCUGCAGUUUGGGAGUAUCACCACAUGAUGGCAGCUGGUUACAGUCGCGGUGCUCUGCAAGAUUUUGGAGCCAAUUCUGAGAGACUAUCAGUAUCCUGCCUCCAUGUGCCAGGAGAAGAAGCUAUAGUCUGUUUCUCUGCAAGGAGGGAGCAGUGGCACACUUUAAAUAAGUUGGUAUGGUGAAGGGGGCGUUAUCUAGCAAACCUUUCUCCCAGUAAGGACACAGCAAGGGUGAUUUCUGCAGGAAUACAGAAAACAGCUGCAUCACAGAGAGCUGCUCCUUAGCGUAAACUCCACCUAAAUGAAUUUAACUGUCUAAGUGGGAAAGUUCUAUUAAUAAUUUAAGAGACAGCAUUAAAUUGUCUUAAAGCAGAGCUAAGGAUCACUGGGUAUUUAAAAUGUUUAUAAACCAACCAACCAAAAACACACAAAAAAACCAUAAAUGCAAAAAAAACCUCCUCUGAGUAAAGUUACUUUAUUUUAUUCAUAUAAUUUGUUCGAGGUCCAUCAUUCUUGGAGUUGUGGCACUUGUUUCUAAUACACCUAGACAAAAUGCAUUGAAUUUAUUCAGAUGCACAUAGUUUAUGGUCAGAAUUUUAGCCCACCCUUUAUUUUGGUGUGUCCGUUACUGGUGCCAGAGGCAGCUGUGCUGGGCACAACUUUGUAGUGCACUAACUGUCAGAGGCAGGCAGUGCACUACAUUUGUAUGAUGCAUCUGAAGUGAAUUUAAUGCCAAGAGCAGUAAAAAUUGGUUUGGAAACAAACAAAUGUGAACAGUAGUGUUAAGAUUCAGGAGAAUUAAGUCUCUCAUGUCUCUAUGGCUCUUUCUGAUUUAGGGAGUACUAUAAAAGGUAGGACAGUCACAAGAUCUGGAAUCUUCCUUUUUGGCCUGUCAGUGAUGAUACAUGCUUUCAUUGGCAUAGAAAAUCAUAUGGCUUGUCCCCACAUGGGAAUGGAAACUGAUUCUUCAUUUCAGGAAAGCUUUUUCUUCACUUAAUCACAUAGUCUCCUGAAGGACAGUACUUUAUUUUUUUUCUGCUUACUGUUUGAUUUGUUUUCUAUUCUCUUUCUGAUAGAAAUUAUGUAUUCUAUACAAAAUAUUAAGUUUGUGUCCUGGCUUGCUGCUGCAAGAUGACCUGUUGUUUUUAUGAGCACAGGCAUGGCAGCAGCCAGUCUACGUAUAGAGUAUUUUAUCUCAGGCUUAGUUGCUAGAAACUGCCCGCUUGAUUACAGGUUAAGGCCUAUAGAAUCAUCAUUGUCAAAGAAUUCUAGGUUAGGCAACUAAUUUUAAAUGAUUUUGCAAUUAUUGUCUAAAAUAAUUAAAGCACAGUCUUUAACACAUUCCUUUUGGAUCUAGUUAAUUUCAAGUGUGGAAAAACAUUUUCUAAUGAAUGAGGAGCCCUUUUCAUAUUAUUACGUGAAUCAGAAGUGUGGUGAAUUUGGUUUGGAGGAAAAAUAAACUUACAAUGCCUUAACAUAUUUUGAAGUGUCUUAAUCUUAAAUCAUAUAUUAAUUGCUUUGUUUUUGUUAAAUGUGUAGUAGACUACAAAUUGACACCAUUUCUAACUUUUUUUUUAGGUUCUUGGGGUGUCAAUGUUUUAAUACCAGAGCAGCAAAUAAAUCAGUGGUGAAGUCAUUUUCUAAGUGGAAGAGGAAGUUUUUCAAUACAAAAUUGUGGUAGAUACAGUGAAAUUCUGAACAGAUUUUUCUCUAAGGAGAAUGAAAUGCUUUCAAGAUCAAGUGCAUUGAAGGGGCAGUUUUGUUUGCCUAAAAAAAAAAAGAAAUGUAAAGGACAAGUAAACAAUUUGAGGAUAAGCUACACUUUUUGUUGGAAAAAUCAAUAUUUUAUUUAUGUGCUAUCAGUUUAUUUCCAGAUCAUAAGAAGUAUUCCCUCUUAGUUUUAAUCUAACAGUCUGAGAGGUGUUUGGUACAGAUUUGGGCCCCUCUCUUUACACAUUUGCUGGCUAUACUAAAUAAUCAUGAGCUCUGCUGGAUUGCUGUGUACAUCCAUGAAGUGAAUUGAUAGAUGGAUUGAUUUUCUUACAGUGAUAGAACCAGAAGAGUGUCAGUAUUUUCAAUUAAAUGCAAACUUCAGCAACAGAAGGUUUGUAUUAAUUAAUCAUGAAAAAAAUAUGUAAAGCAGAAUUAUAACAGCUUUUUUAACUAAAACACUUUUAUUCCAAAAGCUUCAUGCUAGACGUGUCAGAAAGGUUCAGAAACUAUGAAGUACCAGAAAGUAACAGAUCUCAGUCAUGCUUGCCCAUUUCCAACCCUGAAAGUUUGCUUGUCCUUUAAGAAAAAUGUAAUGUUGUGAAAUUCCUUCCAGUAGUGCCACUGUAUUUUGUCUCCAAAUAAAAGAAGCUUAUUGUAGUAUGUUUGCAGAAAAAUUCUAAACAAAAAUUAUACAGCUUAUUAGAGUGUGGGAAUAGGGAUCUAAAUUUUAAAUAAAAUUAUAUAUAUAUAUAAAUUGGUGCUGAUUUUAUAAUUGCGCAGUUUGUUUAGUUUUUUCUUACUUUUAAAUUCCAACUUAAAAUUAUGAGGUUUCAGAAAUAUAUUGAAAGUUUAACAAUGUUUAAAAAUAGAAGAGCAUGAGAAUUCAUGCUUUAAAAAUGAUUUUUAAAUUUGUAUUUUAUAUUGUUUUAUCUAUCUGUCUUUGCAAGCAGUCUUCAGGUUAAAGAUACUUCUAACAGGUUACAGUACAUUUCCUCUGUAUGUAAAUUAGAUUGGAUAAUAGAAAUUCAUAAACAACCCAUAAUAUUCUUUGAAAGCUAAGCUUUAAACUUCAUUUUGUGUCCAUUCACAAAUAAAUUUGGUCUAAAACAGAAAGUGGAUCUAUGCCAUUUUGACAUCGACUCAUUUUGCAAGGCUUAGGCAGCUAGACAUCAUUUUAAAGGAAAUAUUAACUUAUAUUACAUAUGUAUAUUUUUUGUCAGUUGUCUCUCAGUUCUUGAGGUAUAUUAUUUUAAUCAUUCCAUGCCUUAAUAUGCUUGCAAUACAAGAAUCUCCCCAAAUGGGUGACAAAAAGGCUUCCUGUUUUUAGACUCAGAAAUUAAACAUUCGGCUGUGGUAGCCAAAAACCAUAGAUUAUCUAAAGGAUCAUGAUAAAAUAUAAUUAUUUUACUAAGUCAUGGGGUAACAACAAACUCAAAACUAGAUCUGCCUAACUCAUUUUACAUAAAUAAAUACUCAUGUCUAAAAGUACUGCCUAUAUUGUUUUUCACACCACUGCAUUUAAUAGAACUGCUGAGAGGACUGUAUAUAUGAUUUUAAACUUAAGUUGAUUUUCUUACUCUUGAAGGAGUGUUUCUUUGUGAAAGCAGUUCUUACAGCUUUGUUUUCAACCAGCUAAAAAUGUUUUAUAUAUUUACCUUAACCUGUUGUCCUCCACAUUCUAUUGUCCUAAUUGUACUGUUUUCUGAUUUGUAUUUAUGUCUUGAGACAGUAACUUUUUGAAUAAAAAUAAACCUACA